AUGGAGGAUCCUAUUGAUAUAUCCUAUUAUAUAGGGGCAGAGGAAAUAGAAUCAUUGAAAACACUAGAUGUUCCAUUUGAUAACCAAGUUGUUUCUAUCGAUUUACAAGAAGAAUUGUUAGAUGACCCAAGUGAUUUAAUUCAAUUAUUAACUGAUCAAUCAAGUCCUAAAAAAUACUGGAUUAUAAUUGCUAGUGCAUAUGCUAAGAUUGGAAAAGUUGAACAACUGAUGAAAUUUAUUAAAGCAGCUCUAAAUUUAUCAUAUUUUGAUAAUAAUGAUAGAAUUACUUUUGAAAGUUUUAUUAUUUGGCUUUAUUUACAAAAUGUUAGUUUGGGAAUUGAAAAGGAUCAAAACUUGAGUUUGGCAAGACAAGGUAUUUCUAAAUUAACAUUCAAGAUUCAAAAUGAUAGAGAAACAAGACCACUUAAUAGUAUUUCCAAUUUAUUAUGUUCUGCAGUUCUUAAUUUAUAUGAAUCUAACAAUGACCAUGCUAGCGAAAUUGCUGAACAAAUUUUGAAAAUUAACAGUAGUAAUGCAUUUGCAUUAUUAGUUAAAGCACAAUCAUUAUUGAAUAAAUCAAAAAAUUAUGCUCAUGCAUUAAAAUUGUUUCAACAAGUUUUAAUUAUGAAUCCAAUGAUGAAACCAGAUCCAAGAUUAGGAAUUGGUUUAUGUUUUUGGUUUUUAAAAGAUGAAAAGCUUGCCAUUAAAUCUUGGGAAAGAAGUUUAGAAUUGGAUCCAUCGAACAUAAAACUGAGAAUAUUUUUAAACUUGGCCAAAUUUCAUAACACUUUUACUACUUCUUUAAGUGAUGAAGAAUUUUUGGAAAAUUACAAGAAUUGUUUACAAGAAUUAAGUAAGAUACAAAAAUCUAGUAUUAAUGAUGCUACUGUAUUGUUAACUUUAGCAGCCCAUUAUUUUGCCAGAGAUGAAUAUGAUGUUGUCUCCAAAAUUAUCAAGAAGAUUGUCACUUCCGUUACUGGAUCAGAUAAUAUUAUUAAAUUCAGUAUAUCAUCAUCUAUUUCCAAAUAUGAAGCAAGCGUUUUAUCUCAAUGUGCUACGUGGUUGGGAAGAAUUGAAUUUAGCAAAGGUGAUUUCACUCAAUCAUCUAAGUAUUUCCAAGAUGCAAUUAAAUUAAAUGACAAUGAUAUUGUUGCCAAAUUAGGAUUGGGACAAUCACAAUACAACCGUGGAUCACUUGAAGAAGCUAUAAUUACAUUUGAAAAAAUCUUGAAUAGUAAUGUGAAUUGUCUUGAAGCAAAUUAUUCCUUAGGUGUAUUGUAUUCAAAACAAGAUUCACCAAAAAAGAAAGAAUUGGCCAUACUGGUUUUGGAAAGAUAUAUAAGAUUAUCAAAUAAUCGUGGUGAUUCUUCUAGUAGAGAACCGGUUGCUACUAAUGCUUAUUUGAUUCUUUCUGAAUUAUAUGAAGACAAGGGAGAUAUGAAUCAAGCUUUAACUUAUUUGAACAAAGCUGUUGAAGCAAGAAAAUAUGUUGAUAAGGAUGUUUCCUUGGAAGUGUAUAAUAAUAUUGGUGUUUUCCAAUUUAUGAAGCAAAACUAUACAAGUGCUAGUGAAAAUUUCCAAGUUGCUGUGGAUAAAUUAAAUGGAGCAGAAUUCAAGUCACCAGAUGGUGAUUUGUUGAUUGAUUUACCUCAAGAUUUGAAAACCACUUUAACAUUUAAUUUAGCAAGAACCAAAGAAAUUACUAAUCAAGAUGAAGCAUUAACAAUUUAUGAAUCAUUAAUUCAAGAAUGUCCAAAUUAUUUCUCUGCAAAAUUAAGAAUAUUAUUUUUAAAUUGUAUUACUGAUAAAAAAACCAAACAAGAAAUUAAAGAUGAAAUUGAUGAACUUUUACAAUUAAAUGCUUCAGAUUUGGAGAUCAGAUCAUUUUAUGGUUGGUUUAUUAAGAAUUUUGCUAAAAAAGUGCAUUUAUCACAAGAUGCCGAUACGACAUUACAAAAGGAAACUUUAAUGGAAUAUGAUUCACAUGAUUGUUAUGCCUUGAUUUCGUUGGCCAAUAUUUAUUGUAUUAUGGCGAGAGACACUAAAGGAAGUGAAGAGAAAAAGAGGAAAUAUUAUCUUCGAGCCAUUGAAUUGUUUACUAAAGUGUUAUCAUUAGAUCCCAAGAAUGUUUAUGCUGCACAAGGUCUAGCAAUUGCAUUUAUUGAAAACAAACAAGCAAAUAAAGGAUUGGAUAUUUUAAGAAAAAUCAGAGAUUCAUUGAAUGAUAUAUCAGUUUAUUUGAACUUGGGUCAUGUAUUGUGUCAAUUGAAAAAUUUUGGUAAAGCCAUUGAAAAUUAUGAAUUAGCAUUAGCCAGAUAUACUGAUGGUAAUGAUACCAAGAUUUUAUCAUUUUUGGGACGUGCAUGGUAUUUAAGAGGUACCUCCGAACUGAAUUUACCUUAUUUAAAACAAGCUUUAGAAUAUGCACAAAAAGCAGUUGAAGCAUCUAAAGCUAGUUCCAAAGCUGCACUUUUGUAUAAUGUUUCAUUUAUACAAUUCCAAAUUGCUGAUGCCAUCACUAAACAAUCAGUUAAUCAAAGAGUUGUUGAAGAAAUUGAAGAAGCUAUUGCUGGGUUAAAUGCUGGUAUUGAUAUUUUAACUAAAUUAUCAUCUGAAGAAGAUGAUCGUCAUUUACCAUAUCCUGCCAAUUAUUUGAAAACAAGAGCCAGUUUAGGGUCUAGUACAUUAUUGGAUUCAUUAAAUAAAGCAUUAGAAGAAACUAAAGAAAGUAUUGCUGAGAUAGAAGAUAAGAUUGAAAAGGCUAAACAAAUCAGACAAGCAGAAGAAGAAGCCAGAUUACGAGAGGAAGAAGAAAAAUUGAAGGCUAUUCAAGAAAAGGAAAUGGAAAUGGCUAAACAGAGAUUGAUUUUACAAGAACAAGCACAAAUUUGGGCUGAAGAAAAUAGAUCAAAUACUGUUGUUAGUGGGGAUGAAAAUAAUGAUGAAGUUGAUGAAAAGUUAUUUAAUGAAGAAUCAGCAGCAAGAACUAAAAAGAAGAAAGGAGGAGCUAAAGGAGGCAAGAAAGGCAAGAAAAAGAAGAAUAUUAUUGAAGAUAGUGAUGAAGAAGAUGAAAAGAAUAUAACUGGUGAAUCUGACAAUGAAGAAGGUGAAGCCAAUGGUAAUGGUAAAAGAAAAUCAGAAGAGCAAACCGGAGGAAGUAAAAAGAAAAAGAAGCCUCUUUCAUCUGAAUUUAUUGUAGAUAGUGAAGAAGAUCUAGAUGAGUUAUUUGAAGGAGAUGAAGAAUAG